AUGCAAAGUGCACACUUGGAUGCAGAAAAGGCACGUUUAGAGGCACAAUUAUUUGUUUUAGACGUUGAAAGGAAAGCUGCUGCUGCAGUAGCUAAGGCUGAAGCACUAACUGCAGCCCUAAGUUGUGAUAAAGAAUCAAGUCGGAAAUCUGACAUUGAAUACAGAUCUGGCUCUCACGAUUCUAUCCUAAGAACAAAAGAGUAUGUUCAAGAACAAGCUAGACUGCAAGCUAACGCCCAGUUAGAUCCAUCUGAGAUGUUGGAGGAUGCAUGGCCACCGCCGCCACCAGCAGAAUUAUUUCAAGAGAACUUGAUGGAACGGCCAUCCUAUGAAAUUGAGGGUUUCGACACAAACAAAGACUACAGACGUUAUGAUACCUCUAAAGUCAUUUUUGAGGCUGAGUCGCAUCUCUUUGGUGCUCAUUCAAACACAUCGGCUGGUUACGCUCUCUAUCCGGAUGCUCAACCUCCAUAUGUAAAAUCCGCUCCUGCCAUCAAGACAGAACAGGAUCCUUACCCAUGUAAUAUAAGGCUGCCUGAUGAGACAUGUCACAGGCCCACCUAUUCACAUUCUAACAUGCAGUCAUCAGGAAGGGCUCCAAAUGCCCACAGUUAUCCACAAGUUAAAUCAUAUGCUGCGACUCCAUCUCAACAUGUCCAAUUUCGGGCUAGUACUCCUGAUGUAAAUCAGAGUGUUACCGAUCUCGUCAGAUUCAUGGCGCGGCGAGAGAUUGUUUCAACAAGUCUACUAUCAUUCGAUGAUCGCCCUGAAAAUUACAGAGCAUGGAAGGCAUCAUUCUUAACUGCCAUCAGAGAUCUUAAUCUCACGGCUAAAGAAGAGAUGGAUCUAUUGAUCAAAUGGUUAGGUGCAGAUUCUAGAGAACAAGCAAAACGUAUAAGAGCAGUUCAUAUCAAAAACCUAGACAGAGGUCUUCAGAUGAUCUGGGAACGGUUAGAUGAUUGUUUUGGAGCACCUGAGGUCAUUGAGAGUUCAUUACUCAGGAGACUAGAUGGUUUCCCAAGGAUUUCAAAUAAAGAAACAAACAAACUUAGAGACUUAGGAGACCUCCUCAUGGAACUCCAAGUGGCAAAAUCUGAGGGAGUGCUAUUAGGUCUCGCCUGUUUGGACACUGCACGGGGCAUAGCUGGUAUAGUGCAAAAGCUACCAUUCAGUCUGCAAGAGAAAUGGAUGGCUCUAGGCUAUGCAUUCAAACAACGGCACAAAGUCCCCUUUCCCCCGUUUUAUGUACUUGUUAACUUUGUCACAGAACAAGCAAAGAUGAGGAAUGAUCCCAGUUUUGUUCUUCCUCUUCAUGCCGACAAUCCAAAGCCAGGAAGCUUUAAGAAUGUUAACAAAGCUUCAAUCUCAGUACACAAGACCGAUGUUUUUCCAGAGAGAACUGCAACUGGUGAAACCCAAAAUGUUGAUAUAGAUGUGGCUAAAUUCUGCCCUAUACAUAAAAAACCACACCCUUUGUACAAAUGCCGUGGGUUUAAAGAGAAAUCAUUUGAAGAUAGGAAGGCCUUUUUGAAGCAGAAUGGGAUUUGUUUUAAGUGUGUAGCAUCCACCACACACUUUGCAAGGAACUGCGAAAAGCUCAUCAAGUGUUCUGAAUGCGGCAGCGAAACACACCAUUCCGCUUUGCACCCAAAAUCCAUCUCUCAGCCUGUUAAAACCCACAUCCAGACCAAAGAUCAUGGCGGGGAGAAGGAACCCUCCGAAGAUGAAGUGUCGACUAAGUGUACAGGAGUCUGUGGUAGUAAUCUUAGUGGCAAGACAUGUUCAAAGAUUUGCCUUGUGACAGUGUUUCCAAGUGGUCAGCGAGAGAAAGCGAUCAAGGUGUACGCCAUCAUUGACGAUCAAAGCAACCGAUCCUUGGUGAGAUCGAAAUUCUUCAGUGUCUUUGACAUGGACGGCAACAGAUCCUCCUACUAUCUCAAAACGUGUGCAGGGAUGAUCCAAACAAGUGGUAGAAGAGCACAUGGAUUCCAGGUGGCAUCUAUUGAUGGUCGGGUCGUUCAUACUCUGCCAACCUUGAUAGAAUGUGAUAACAUCCCAGAUAAUCGGUCUGAGAUACCCUCACCACAAAUUGCUCUUCAUCAUCCACAUCUAAAAGGCAUUGCAGCACAGAUUCCAGAGGUUGAUUCAAAGGUUCCAAUUAUGAUGCUGUUAGGUAGGGAUCUCAUAGAGGUACAUAAGGUGAAGAGGUACAUUAAUGGCCCCCCUGAAGCUCCAUAUGCUCUGAAGCUGGAUCUGGGCUGGGUCAUAGUUGGUGACGUGUGCCUGGGCAGAGUUCACAAGCCGGAAAGUGUUAACACUCUCUUCACCAGCACCUUGGAUAGUGGUCGUCAGUCACUGUUUAAGCCGUGUCCUAAUGUCUUUUAUAUCAAGGAGAAUGUUUGUGAUGUAAAGCCCUCAAGUUCUUGUACUGCUAUUCCACUGAAGAAGCCUGUAUGGAAAAGGGAUGACCAUGUAGAACAGGACAUCUUCAAGAGAACAAAGGAUGAUGAAAGAUUGGCUCUUUCAGUUGAGGAUUUGGCUUUCCUUCAUAUAAUGGAGAAAAGCUUUUACAAGGAUGAGAAGCACAGCUGGGUAGCUCCCCUUCCGUUCAAACUCCAGAGGCAGCGCUUACCAAACAACAGGUCACAAGUUUUAGAUCGUUUCAGAUCUCUACAGCGAUCUUUUGCUAAGAAGCCAAUCAUGAAAGAGCACUUCUUUACAUUUAUGGAGAAGAUACUGGAAAGAGGUCACGCCGAAGUAGCACCACCACUUAACCAUCAAGAAGAAUGUUGGUACUUGCCUCUCUUCGGUGUGUACCACCCAAAGAAGCCAAACCAGAUUAGAGUCGUCUUUGAUUCAAGCUGUCAGUAUGAUGGUGUCUCACUUAACGACGUUCUUCUGAAGGGACCCGACCUGAAUAAUGGACUGCUUGGAGUACUUUUGCGCUUCAGAAAGGAGGCAGUAGCGAUUACCACAGAUAUACAACAAAUGUUUCAUUGUUUUCUUGUUAGGCCAGAAGAUAGAAAUUUUCUUAGGUUCUUCUGGCAUGGAAAUAAUGAUCCAGAGCAAAACAUCAUUGAGUUCAGGAUGAAAGUCCAUAUCUUCGGUAACAGUCCUUCUCCAGCCGUCGCAAUCUAUGGCCUUAGACAGGCAGUGAAGGAAACUGAGACAGAGUUCGGAACAGACGUCCUAAAGUUCAUAGAAAGAGAUUUCUAUGUGGACGACGGCUUAAAAUCUCUACCCUCUGCAACAGCUGCCAUUGAUCUCCUUAAAAGGACACAAGAAGCACUUGCUCGCUCCAAUCUAAAGUUGCAUAAAAUUGCAUCAAACAGUGAGGAAGUUAUGAAUGUAUUUACAUCUGAAGGUGACUGCCGAGAUUCAAAGGACAUGGACCUGGACAAAGACACAUCGUCAGUCCAGCGUACUUUAGGAGUUAGCUGGAAUCUCAAAACUGACACAUUUACAUUUCAGCUGUCCAAUGAUGUGAAACCGUUUACACGCCGUGGCGUUCUCUCUACUGUGAAUGGGUUAUAUGACCCAUUCGGGUUUGCAGCUCCGGUUGUUAUUCAAGGCAAAGUUCUGAUUAGAAACCUCACAAGUGACUCACUGGACUGGGACCUACCCUUACCCCUGGAGAAAAGGGAAUCCUGGCAAAAAUGGAGGGACUCCCUUCAAGAGCUUCAACAGCUCCAAAUCCCUAGACCCUACACCAAAACCUCUCCAUCAGAAGCUUCACAUAGAGAGCUCUGUGUCUUCUCAGAUGCUUCAGUUAUGGCUAUAGCUGCAGUAGCUUAUCUCAAAAUUCUGGACAUGGAGGGAAAGUGCGAAACAAGUUUCAUCUUAGGGAAAGCCAGGCUGGCGCCUCGCCAAGAGUUGACAAUCCCUCGCCUUGAGCUCUGUAGUGCAGUGUUGGCCGUAGAGGUGGCUGACAUUAUAAUGGCAGAGUUGGAUGUUAAGUUUGAUAGAGUAACCUUUUUCACAGACAGCAAAGUGGUCCUCGGUUACAUCUAUAAUGAAAAACGCAGAUUCUAUGUCUUUGUGAAUAAUCGAGUUCAAAGAAUAAGAAGCAGUUCGCACCCUCAGCAAUGGCAUUAUGUUCCAAGUGCCCAGAAUCCAGCCGACCAUGCAACAAGGUCUGUGCCUGCAGAUCGUCUAAAAGAUACAACAUGGCUUACUGGUCCACCAUUCUUGUCCUGCUCUAAUCAGGAAUAUAACACUUCAGGUCAAUUUGAUCUUGUGGAGCCAACCAGUGAUGUUGAAGUUCGCCCUGAGGCAACAGUGCUCACUACCCAUAUCAAAGACAGCCAGCUUGGUACAAAGCGCUUCGAGCGUUUCUCCAGUUGGAAGAUACUUCUUCGAGCUGUUGCAUGUCUAAUACAUGUUGUACAGACAUUCAAAGGGAAUUCAACCAAAAAUGUGGAAAAUUGCAAAGGUUGGCAUUGUUGUAGGAUGUCGUACAAUGUAAAUGAGUUGAACCAAGCCAAAGUCACCGUCAUUCGUGCUGCACAGCAGGAAGCAUUCAUUGAGGAACUCAGAUGCAUCAGAGAUGGUAAGAACAUUUCAAAGGACAGUCCCCUCUUUACACUGAACCCCAUCAUAGACAAAGAUGGCCUUAUGAGGGUUGGAGGACGGAUCUCACACGCAGGUAUCGACUAUGAUGAAAGCAAUCCCAUCAUAAUCCCAAGAAGGCACCACAUUGCAACUUUGAUAAUGAGGUUUUACCAUGAACAAUCUCAACAUCAGGGUAGGCACAUUACUGAAGGUGCUAUACGUAUGGCAGGUUUUUGGAUUUUGGGAGCCAAAAGGAGCAUAUGUUCUCUUAUCUUUGGAUGUGUAGUUUGCCGAAGGCUACGAGGAAAGAGUGAAGUACAAAUGAUGUCUGAUUUACCGGUGGACAGGGUCAGUACUGAGCCCCCCUUUACCUAUGUAGGCACCGAUGUAUUCGGGCCUUGGACCAUCUCAGCCCGCCGCACUAGAGGUGGACAUGUGAAUAGCAAAAGAUGGGCGGUGCUGUUCACCUGUUUAACCAUCAGAGCUGUCCAUAUUGAAGUAGUGGAGUCUAUGGACACAUCUUCUUUCAUAAACGCUAUGAGACGCUUCAUUGCCAUUCGUGGUCCAAUCAAGCAGAUGCGAUCCGAUCGAGGGACCAAUUUUGUAGGGGCAUGCAGAGAACUGGACAUUCCUUCUAAUUUGGAUGAGGCAAAGGUGUCAAGGUUUCUUGCAGAACAAGGGUGCUCUUGGAUCUUCAAUCCACCCCACGCUUCGCACAUGGGUGGAGCAUGGGAGCGCAUGAUAGGUAUAACCCGAAAGAUCUUAGACUCCAUGAUGCUUCAGCUGGGACCGUCUAAAAUUACACAUGAAGUUUUCACAACAUUCUUGGCAGAGGUGACGGCGAUAAUAAACUCCAGACCGCUGAUUCCUGUAUCUGUGGAUCCCGAGGACCCCCUUAUACUCACUCCUGCAACAUUACUUACUCAGAAGUAUGGUUCUUUCCCUUGUCCUCCUGUCGAACUUGAUCAUACUGACCUCUACAGGCGACAGUGGAAACGAGUCCAAAACCUAGCUUCCACCUUUUGGGACAGGUGGCGGAAGCAGUAUCUCUCCACACUGCAACCUAGGAAAAGGUGGCAAUUCAAAAAUCAAGACAUCACAACGGGUAGUGUUGUCCUUAUGAAAGACAGUCAGUCUAAACGCAACCAGUGGCCUUUGGGGCGCAUCACUAAAGUGUUGCCUAGUGGAGAUGGAAGGGUACGAAAGGUCGAAAUCAAAAUUGUCAAUAAGGGAGAACCAAAGGUUUUUGUCAGACCUGUAACUGAAGUGGUAAUGCUCAUUCCUUCCAACUAAUUCAGUGACUGGUUUACUCCUUUAAGCGUUUGGUUACAAUGAGUCGUGGUAUCUAGUGAUACCAGGCGGGGAGUGUGUUGUUAUGUGAUAUAAUUAAUGUGUGCUGGCUCCUUUAAGAGAUCGUCACGUAAUGAUGAUGUCAUCAGCGCCAGACUAGUUCGUCAGUUGUUAAGCCAUCAAGCCCUCAUUGCAGCUCUGCUAAUCGUAAUUCAUCUGCUACAUUUCAUGUUCUUUCGAAGGCAUUGUUGUCAGCCAUUAAACGAAGUGAAUUGGAUGUCUGCUUCAGUGUGGUGAUUGGUAGAGGAGUUGUCUGUCUGUCAACUGGUGCAAGGCGUAUUAGGGUG